AUGGCCGCCUCCACCAUGUCUGUCUGCUCUGAUGCUUGCACCAACUCCUCCUGGCAGGUGGAUGACUGCCCAGAAAGCUGCUGUGAACCCAGCUGCUGUGCCCCCAGCUGCUGCCAACCCAGCUGCUGUGUUCCUUGCUGUGCCCCCAGCUGCUGUGCCCCAGCCCCCUGCCUGACCCUUGUCUGCACUCCAGUGAGCUGUGUGUCCAGCCCCUGCUGCCAAUCUUCCUGCUGCACACCCUCAUGCUGCCAGCAGUCUAGCUGCCAGCCAGCUUGCUGCACCUGCUCCCCCUGUCAGCAGCCCUGCUGUGUGACCCUCUGCUGCAAGCCUGUCUGCUGCACACCCAUCUGCUCUGGCUCCUCCUCCUGCUGCCAGCCCUCCUGCUGUGCUCCUGUGUGCUGCAAGCCUGUGUGCUGCAAGCCCUGCUCCAGCGUGUCCCUGCUGUGCCGCCCUGUGUGCAGACCUGCCUGCUGUGUGCCCACCUCCUCCUGCUGUGCCUCCUCCUGCCAGCCCAGCUGCUGUCGCCCAGCCUCCUGUGUGUCCCUGCUGUGUCGCCCUGCCUGCUCCAGACAGGCCUGCUGUGGCCAGAAGUCCAGCUGCUGA